AACUUUAUAAUGAUUUUAAUAUCGAAUUACCAGGUAUUAAAACCAAUUUGUCAAUUUUCAAAAGUUUUGCUAUAAAUUUAAGCAUUACGGAUAAAAAUGAUGAAUUAAAUUCAAUAAAACAAGGUGCCACUAAUCCUCAUAAAGACAAACAUGAUUGCAAAUAUGGAUUUUACGUAAUUGUGAUCUUUGGAAAAUUUGAAGGCGGAGAUUUAGUUUAG